UACUUACUUUAAGCACUCGUCCCCAGGGCGUGAACUUGACUACGACUCGGACUAAUACCAUAGAGAGUUUCCAAACGCAAUGUUCCGUGUUUCUCACAUCAAGGGAACUUCUGAAUACACUGGCAGAUUGCUUUGCUUCCUCGUUAUAUUCGCAUGCGGAGGCUGAUUCAGACUAUAAAAAGGGCCAUCCUUCGAGGGCAGCUUAACAACAACUUGCAUAACUUACCUUGGGCACCCUUCUUCAGUCAUGGAUGCGUACAUGAAUGUUCCAGUUCCUGGGUCGGCACCCGGUCCCACAGACAAGUCUCUGCGAGUCGCCAGAAACAAGCUGUACCCGAUGCAGGCAUGGUAUUGCAUUGGUAUUUUCAUUUUUAUCAUUGCUAUCUUACAGUGGGCUUCUUUUUUUCACUCCAAGUUUGUUGGGAGGCGUCAAACUUCCAAAACCUCUGACCCAGAACAUGCUUCUGUGCACCGUCAUCACAGUUUUUCUUGGCGUCGCAUUCCAUUAGGACUCGUCAAUGCAUACCGGGUCAUUGCUUUCCGCUGGACACUCGAAUUUGGAAAUUCAUACACCCUCAACAUGGCUGAGGUUUUCGUGACUAUGGCAUACAUCGGUUUUCUUUUUGUAUGGGCCUUUAUCAACACAACCGACCUUGAGGGCCAAGCAUUGGACAUUACAUACUGGUGCAACCGCGCGGGCAUUCUGGCUGCGAGCCAGUUCCCACUGAUUACUGCACUUGGAACUAAAAACAACAUAGUAUCGUUAAUCACCGGUAUCAGCUGCGACAAGCUUAACUAUGUCCAUCGCAUGAUGUCUAGAGUUGUUUUCAUCUUGCUCUGUGUUCAUGCAAGCGGCGAGGUCGUGCGAAACGCGCCAUUCCAACCAUACCUCGAGGAGCUGUGGCUCAUAUGCGGCAUAAUUGCCAUAGUUGCAUUGACCAUUCUGUGUAUCGUCUCCUUGCGCCCCAUCCGAGCACAAGCCUACGAGCUUUUUUUCUAUGUUCAUUUCUCCAUGGUUCUCACUUUUCUCGUCGGUGCUUACUUCCACACACAAAAUGAUACCAUGACCCAGUGGAUCGUUCCCUGUUUCGGAAUCUGGGGAUUAGACCGCUUUAUACGCGCCCUUCGUCUAGUGGUGUUUAACCACUCAUACUUCGGAUUCAAAUCGGGGAUUACGAUGGAUGCGACUGCUGAACUCUUAUCAGAUGAUUUCGUUCGAUUGCGCUUCCACCGCCCAUCUCAUUUCCACUGGACGCCUGGGCAAACGGCUUAUCUUAUUAUGCCGUCCGUUUCCCGCUUGCCAUUCGAGGCCCACCCUUUCACCAUUGCCAGCGUUAAUUCAGCCGUUUUUGAUGUGCCUGAAGAACAGAAGCCAGCAAGUGAAAAAUAUACUCAGAUUAGCCUAGCAGAAGGCGAUCUUGGUUCCAGUGCUCCAUUCUGGAAAGAGCUCGUGUUUUUUAUUAACGUGAGGCAGGGAUUCACUGCCCGCUUGAAAGACGCCGCCUCGAAAGGUGAUAAAGUCAAAGUCUUUGUCGAUGGGCCAUAUGGGCCUUCUCCUAACCUCGGUUCAUAUGACACAUCUGUGCUCAUUGCUGGGGGAUCCGGAAUCUCGUACACGCUACCGGUAUUGUUGGAUAUAAUAGAACGUGUCCGCACCGGUGAAAGCAAUUGCCAUCGUGUUGUUUUCGUCUGGUCAAUUAGGAGCGUCGAGCAUAUUCACUGGAUCGACGAGGCUCUCGUCCGGGCACUCCGACUUGCACCUUCUUCUUUAUCCAUCUCAAUCCAUAUUCACGUUACCGGUGCAGCAGCGCCUGUUGAUACGCUAUCACAAUCGCAUGGUCAAAAUAAUGACGCCAAACCUGUGCGUGAUUCCCGUUCCGACAUUGCGGAGUUACAGGAUGGAAAAGCUGUGGAAAUAACGAAUAACUCCCUUUUCGUUAUGGAGUCCGUCAAACUUGCAAAUGGAAGGCCCGAUCUACCGGCUAUUCUCAGGGAUGAAGUGAAAGCGGCGACGGGCAGGAUGUCCGUUAGCGUGUGUGGCUCACAGAGCAUAGCUCGAUCUGUUCGUGGUGCUCUUCGGUUCCCAGUGUCCAGCCCUCUCAGUGUAGCCAGCGGCGGUCCGAGUGUUACUCUACACAUCGAGUCAUUUGGUUACGCUUGAAAGAGGGUUUUAUGAAAGCAGACAGCGGUUUCAAGCUCUGGUUGGUUGAAUAUUGGUUGAAUAGGAAGAUCUUGGUCCAGACAUCCAGACAUAGAUGAAAACACGACAU